ACGUUUCCGGAGCGAAGGCGCCUGAAGAGAGGAGGAGAGCGAAGCGAAGGCUGUGGGGUGCAGUUCCUCGGCUUCUCUGCCCAGCGAUCAGGGAAAACAUGGCUACAGAUUGGCUUGGAAGCAUUGUCUCAAUCAGUUGUGGAGACAGCUUGGGCGUCUAUCAGGGAAGAGUGUCUGCUGUGGAUCAAGCUAGCCAGACCAUUUCACUAACACGGCCUUUCCAUAACGGAGUCAAAUGUUUGGUACCGGAGGUUACCUUCAGGGCUGGCGAUAUUACUGAGCUGAAGAUCCUGGAGAUUCCAGGCCUUGGCGAUAACGGACAAUGUGGAGACUUUCAGCACACUGACCUUGGCAUUCCUAAUCUUGAGGGUCCAGGUGGUACCAGUCAGAACGGCACUGGCAAAUUGCUCAAGAAACCUAGCAGUGCUCCCCAGAAUAUCCCCCGGAGAACUGAUGUGAAAAUCCAGGAUGUUGCUAUUUCUCCGCAACAGCACCCAUGUUCUAAGAGCUACAUGGAUCGACACAUGGAAUCCUUGAAUCAAUCAAAAAACUUCCGCCGUAGGCACAACUCGUGGUCGUCCAGUAGCCGUCAUCCAAACCAGGUCACUCCAAAGAAAAGCGGUGUGAAAAACGGCCAGCUGAAGAACAAGGACGAUGAAUGCUUUGGGGAUGACAUUGAAGAGAUUCCAGAUACAGAUUUUGACUUUGAGGGGAAUCUGGCCCUGUUUGAUAAGGCAGCUGUGUUUGAGGAGAUUGAAACGUACGAGAGGAAGAGCGGGACCCGCUCAAGAGGCACGCCAAGUGAGAAAGCUGCCCGCUACCGCCACGAUGAGAAUAUCUUGGAAUCUGAACCCAUAGUGUACAGAAGAAUCACCGUUCCCCAGCCGAGCAAAGAGUUCUGCACUGACUCUGGGUUGGUUGUUCCAAGUGUUUCUUAUGAGCUGCACAAAAAGCUGCUUUCCGUGGCUGAGAAACAUGGUUUGACUCUUGAGCGGAGGUUGGAAAUGACAGGAGUGUGUUCCAGCCAGAUGGCCCUGAGUUUGCUUGGAGGACCCAACAGGCUGAACCCUAAAAACAUUCAUCAGCGACCUACUGUUGCCUUGUUGUGUGGCCCCCAUGUGAAAGGGGCCCAGGGAAUCAGCUGUGGUCGGCAUCUUUCCAAUCACGAGGUAGAUGUCAUUCUCUUCCUUCCCAACUUUGUCAAGAUGCUGGAAUCAAUCACCAACGAACUGACACUUUUCAGCAAGACACAAGGCCAGCAGGUGUCCAGUAUUAAAGAUCUUCCAGACACACCUGUGGACUUAGUGAUAAACUGCUUGGAUUGCCAUGAAAAUGCUUUCCUGAGGGAUCAGCCUUGGUACAAAGCUGCAGUCGACUGGGCCAAUCAGAACAGGGCCCCUGUCCUCAGCUUAGACCCUCCCGUGAAUGAAAUGGAACAAGGAAUUGAUGCCAAGUGGUCUCUGGCCCUGGGGCUGCCGUUGCCACUGAGCGAGAGGGCUGGCCGGCUAUAUCUGUGUGACAUCGGCAUUCCACAGAAAGUUUUCCAGGAGGUGGGCAUAAAUUACCACUCCCCUUUUGGCUGCAAAUUUGUCAUCCCUCUGCACUCAACCUAAAGUGGGGAAGCCUGACCUCUUGGUCCAGGAGAAGACCACAAGGAAAGAACAGCCUCCAACUAUCCAGUGGAUCCUAACCAUAUCAGACGUUUGGACGCCUUAAGGAAAUUAACUUCUGGGCUGGGCUUCUUCUCAAAGAAACAUCAGUACAGUGUUAAAGAGAAUCAUGAGGAUUCACAUUCCUCUGAGCCAUUAGUGCUCCUGUGCCAUUGUCUGAAGGAGUGUAAGGCAGCUCAUGUCUUCAUCCAGUUCACUGUUGGUGGUGGGAAGAUGAGCAGGUGUGUCCUGUUACGCCAGGAGCCCCUGCUUUGUUUGGCUGUGGACCAGACAAAUGUGAUUUUCUUUUAAACUUUUGUUUUUUCAGGACCAGAGUGGGGAAGGUUGCUUGGGUACUGUCCUUAAUUUCCAUGAUCAUGGCGAAACAAUCACAGUUUGGCUGGGUUCUUCUUGUGUAGUGAUUGUCCUUGCUCUUUUUCAAUGGACAGCUCAAGCUCACGUGUCCUUGGAUUUCUGUGUUUGGGUAGCUGUUGUAAGACAGCUUGCCCCAUUCCUGGACUAGCAUUUCUGUUUCCAACUCAUUGCUAACUAGCAUUUGCUUCCUCCUUUUUUGCUCGUUGAGUGAACGGUGUUUGGGUGUAAUCAGUGGCUUGGAGUGAUUGAGGAGCAGAUGAGAUAGUGCCAACAUUUAGGUUUCCACCGUAACUCACGUCCUGCCAUCUUACUGUGAAGAUCACAUGGCUGAUGGCUGUUCCUUUCUUUUCUUUUCUUUUUGUGACUGCAUUUGUGUGCAUGAGACAGAAAGAACUAGGAGAUCUGUUGGGCCCAUGCCGUUCCCAUUGGAUACCGAGGCCUGCGAAGACUCAAGUGCUUGCUUUGGCAUGAUGCUCUCCUUCCCUUUAGAAUAAGCACGUAGCGGUGCUUGCAUGGAGCAAUAGAAUGGAUGUGAUGUUGUUGGGUUGUACAGAACAUCAUUAGGAAGCAACUGGCUUAGAACAAACGUGGCCAAGCACUGAAAAGCCUGUGGGCCGCUUGUUUCUGUAGGCGCUAUUACAUUGAUGCUUGGCCCUCCUCUGCUUCCCCAUUUUUGUGGGGGACUGUCUUAUGUUGGUCUCUGGGGACCCAGUUCUUGCUAUUGGCGCUUGUUACUACAAUACCUUGGCACUGUCUAGGUUUCAGGGGCUCAACGCAUUAUGAAGUGGGGAGUUGAAGACUUGCUGGCUUCAAGAAAUCCACUACGCUCAGCCUGGUCUCCAAAGAUGCCACGCAGAACUCUCAUUAAUCACAAUGAUUAAACUGCAGAAAAGCAGCUUGGUUGCCAAGUCAUGUUCGUUCCACUCGCUUCUUAAAGCAAGAAAGCACGCCUGCUUCUGAAGUUGGGGUUGGUCUUUUUUCCCACAGCUGUCGACCAGAUUGAAGCCACAGAAAUCAGUACAUAUAUAAGCAUAGCUACCAGUUGGUUAAUGUAGGCUUAAAAUAAAUUUAAAAAAAUUAAUAUUGGAGACUGGGGCAGAGUACCACACGCACAGAUUCCUAUUUUGUUUACCGUAGGGUCAUGCAUGUAACCUCCAAUUCAGUGGAAAUUGGGUAUCCUCAGGAUCAAACCGCAAGCUUGGGUCAAAUUGAUACAAGAUACUGGGCUGGCUUAGAGUUGUGUAAAUCGCUGAAAAGCAGAUCUUUUGCAUAAAUCUUCCCUAGGAAUGAUGAAGUGGGCCUGUCAGAGCAAAUGGUGCAAUAAUGACGUAAUAGACAAUCACAUUAGCAUUUUCCUGUAGCUCAUUUCAAUUCAGGACUUAUCAUGCUACAGAAUGGCACUCAAAUCACCCCUUUUAUCAGAUAUUCCAUUUAAAGCUGCUCAUCGUCUUCAGGUGUAUAGUAUAUGUAAAUAUAAAUAUAUA